AUAUGCGAGAAACAUUUCUAAUGGAAGUCAUUUUCUUAAGAAAUUGGCCGGUGACCAAGGGCGAUCUUUUGUUUAUAGCUCAUACAUUUACUAGUGAAUCAGAAGAACUGAAGAUCAACGGCUGGUAAAUCAGGUAGCGUUGGCAUGCGGAGUGUGUGAAAAAGCAGAGACAGAGCAGAGUGUAUGGGCAUGAGUAGGUAUUACAUACUUCACCAGUGUCAGAAUUGAGCCUGUGACCCCUGGAAAAAAAGGAUGAACUGGAAAAGAUCCUGCUUUGUGCCAAACUUUGUAUUGUCCUGAGGCUGGAGUGACCUUUAACCAACCUGUCUGGAAACCGGUAGGAGCACUGUGUGGUGGUGCAGACAUUGGAAUACUAUUUGUUGCCGUGAAUUUGAAAAGGCGAAUACAUUGUGUUAACACAGGUGUCUGGGUCACUGGUGGUACAGACAUUUGUGGUACAGACAUUUGUGUCUUGUGAUAUUGGUGGUACAGACAUUUUGUGGUACGGGUAUUGGUGGUAAAGACAUUUGUGGUACGGAUAUUGGUGUUAAACAGAAAAGUCUUGUUCUGAAUGUAGAAAGACAGACCAAAAUCAAAUAUAAUUUGUGAACAUAGGAAUCCAGCGCUGGUGAAGCAGACAUUGGUGUUAAAAAAAAAUAGUGUUUUGAAUGUGUACUGACAAAUACAUUAUAUGAGAAGAGGUGUCGGGGGCGCUAGUAGUACCGAUAGUUUUUGACUUUUCCUGGAUGUGUGAAAACAGGCUGUAAAGCUGAGUGUGGCACAGGUGGAACAUACAGGUAAACUACAUUGAUUUCUUGAAACAAGAGGAGUCUUUCCUUCAGAACUUCAGACUACAGCCAAAGCAACAGGAGAUUUUGGCACAAGCCUUAGUAGGAACCAAGCAAAAGGAACCGUCCUCCUAUAUAUAGCUGUGUUAUUUUGAAAAAAAGGAACUAUUUUUAGGCAAAGCAAACAUGACAGAACGUUCUAUCACCCUAGAUAAGCCAGGUGUUUUACCUGUAAAGGUAAAAACUGAUGAUGCCACUGAUGGAGCUAAACUUUGUAGCGUAGUUAUGCAAGGAGAAGACGAGGAGGACAUUGAAAUUGAUGUAGAUGUGUCAGAUGAUGAGCAAGGAGCAGCAGAUAGCCUUGGGCAUGUCAGAGAUGAAAGGAACAUUGAUGAGAGACAAGAUGAUGGGGUGCCUCGUGAAAAACUGUGUCGUGAAGAAGCUGCACCUGACCGACUCCAUGGUGAAUUAACUGUGAAGAAUGUCCGGCAGAAGAACCUGGAAACAGGACAUGAAAAUAAGAAACAGGAUUCCCUGGCGCCCUUCAUUUCAAAGGCAGGAGCUACUAACUCAGAUAGCACUGAGACUACUGAUCAACCUCCAGCAUCCUCCCUUUCAACGGCAGAGGGACGGGGAGAUAACUCUGGUGGUAUAAGCGCCACAUAUGAACCUCCAGGCUCCUCAGUGCCCUCCAAGGCAGCAGGUGCGAACGUUCCGUACAGUUACCAUAUUUUGCAAAUGAUAAAGUCGGAAGAUCCAAAUUUUGACGUUUCCAAAUUCGGGACGUUGACAGAACCUGCUAGUCCGGACAUGCCGGAGGAAAGCGUUAGCUACACCUUAGAUAACAACCCUUUCAUGUGUAUGACUUGCGGCGAAAACUUUUCCAAUGUGCAUGGGCUGCAAAUUCAUUGUCAAAUUCACACACGCGAAAAGCCCUUCAAAUGCGAUAUCUGUGGCAAAUGUUUUACCUUGAAAUACUUAUUGAAAAGACAUGGUUUGACGCACACAGGUGACAAACCGCAUACCUGUUUGACUUGUGGGAAAGGCUUCACUCGACUGAGUGACUUGAAAAGACACGAAGCUGUACACUCCAAUGACAAGCCUCAUGUCUGUGUCACGUGUGGAAAAGGUUUCGCUACUGUAGCUAGAUUGAAGAGACAUAACUUGCGACCUUGUCAGAUCAAGCUGAAAAAGUACUGUGCACCAAACUCUGGCAAAAAGCGUUUCACAUGUGACGUAUGUGGCAACGGCUUCAAGAAUGAAUCCACACUGAAAAUCCAUAGUCAGACACAUCAGUAUGAAAAACCUCACGUCUGCAACACGUGUGGAAAAAGGUUUCGUUGGCCAUUCGCUUUAAAAACGCACAUGAGAAAGCACACUGGUGAAAAACCGUAUAUCUGUGCCACUUGUGGUAAAGGUUUCUUCUAUUAUUCCCCGAUGAAAAAACAUUGUGAAGAACAACACAACGGGAAGAAGCCUCACUCCUGUGACAUUUGUGGGAAAAGCUUCCCCGAUGCAUUCGGCUUGAAGACGCAUAUUCGAACACACACCGGGGAAAGGCCAUUCAAAUGCGAUCUGUGUGACAAGAGGUUUUUUAGUAAUUCCCAUUUGAAACAACAUGGUCGAACCCAUUCCACGGAAAGGCCUCAUGUCUGUGGUACUUGUGGGAAAACUUUUACCCAUCAAGCAAGUUUGAAAAUUCACAGUCGAACGCACACGGGUGAAAGGCCUUACAGCUGCGCUACAUGUGGCAAGAGUUUUCACGAUAGUUCCACGAUGCAGAGGCAUAGCCGGAGGCACACGGGCCAAAAGCCUUUCGCCUGCAGCACUUGUGGAAAAAGUUUCUUCGAUAAUUCCACGCUGAAAAGACAUUACCAAACACACACAGGUGAAAAGCCCUACACCUGUACCAUCUGCGGUAAAAGUUACGCACAUCAAAGCAAUUUCAAGAAACAUAGUCGAACUCACACUUAACUGAAGUGUCAUGUAUUACUUUUUCUUUGUCGUCUUCAAUUUCUUUUUUCUGAUAGUUAAAGGUCAGUCGUCAUUAUCAACACAUACAGAGGUGAAAAUUUACACCUGUUAAAUUUGUGGUAAAAUUUGUGCCAAAAGCCACGUCAG